GUUUGCAGUUCAAAGCACUCGCGCGUUCUGGGGAUUGUACUUGGAGACCGGAGACCGGAGACCGGAGAGGAGCACUUUACCGUUUCAUCCUGCAGAGUUGAAAGCAAACUCGAACCCAGCUGGCUUGUUUUCGCCCUUUCAAGUGCGCGAGCCGCUUGCAGAACACUCAUCUCAUCCUAGGAGUCUGUCAGAAACUCGUGCGUAAAAGACACUCGCGCGCCAUAUCGGUUUUUACUCACCGGAGCAAAAAAAAAAAAAGAAAGAAAAAGAGAAUCCGUUUUUCUGUGCACUUCUCUCAUUUUGAAAGACUUUGUUCAAACUCAUCCUGGCAACGUAAAGUCAAUUUAGAGACUUUUCCUCUCGCCAGAAAGCGGAAACAACUCUCCCGUUUCACUCGUAAUUUGGCACCAAACAGUUUUUCGUAUGAAUCUCCUCGACCCUUACCUGAAGAUGACGGAGGAACAAGACAAGUGUCUGUCCGACGCCCCGAGCCCGAGCAUGUCCGAAGACUCCGCGGGCUCCCCGUGCCCGUCCGUGUCGGGCUCGGACACCGAGAACACCCGGCCGUCGGAGAACGGGCUGCUCGGCGUGGACGGAGAGUUCAAGAAGGACGAGGAUGAUAAGUUCCCCGCAUGCAUCCGCGACGCUGUGUCCCAGGUGCUCAAGGGCUACGACUGGACCCUCGUGCCUAUGCCCGUGCGCGUUAACGGAUCUUCUAAGAACAAGCCUCACGUGAAGAGACCGAUGAAUGCCUUCAUGGUGUGGGCUCAGGCGGCGCGGAGGAAGCUGGCGGAUCAGUACCCACACCUGCACAACGCGGAGCUCAGCAAAACUCUGGGGAAACUCUGGAGACUUCUCAACGAAGGGGAGAAGCGGCCAUUCGUGGAGGAGGCUGAGCGGCUCCGGGUGCAGCACAAGAAGGAUCACCCGGACUACAAAUACCAGCCCCGGCGGAGGAAGUCGGUGAAGAACGGGCAGAGCGAGUCAGAGGACGGCAGCGAGCAGACGCACAUUUCCCCCAAUGCCAUCUUCAAAGCUCUGCAGCAGGCGGACUCCCCAGCUUCCAGCAUGGGAGAGGUGCACUCUCCGGGUGAGCACUCAGGCUCCCAGGGGCCCCCCACUCCCCCCACCACCCCAAAGACAGACAUCAGCUCAGGCAAAAUGGACCUGAAGCGUGAAGGCGGCCUCCGCUCUCUGCCCGAUGGCCCCGGCGGGCGCCAGCUCAACAUCGACUUCCGCGACGUGGACAUCGGCGAGCUGAGCAGCGACGUCAUCUCCCACAUCGAGACCUUUGACGUCAACGAGUUCGACCAGUACCUGCCGCCUAACGGGCACCCCGGCGUCGCUGGCAACCCUGCGCCGGUCACCUACACCGGCAGCUACAGCAUCAGUGGCGGCGCGCCAGUCAGCCCCCAGGCAGGAGCGGCCGCAGGGUGGUUGGCUAAAAGCCAGAACCAGCAGCAGCAGCAGCACACUCUGACCCCGCUGGGGGGCGCAGGCUCAGAGGCAACUCAGGCCCAGCACCGGACCCAGAUCAAGACGGAGCAGCUGAGCCCGAGCCACUACACCGAGCAGCAGCAGGGCUCGCCGCAGCACGCCGCCUACAGCCCCUUCAGCCUGCAGCACUACAGCCCCCCCCAGCCCUCCUCCUACCCGGCCAUCUCCAGGGCGCAGCAGUACGACUACUCCGACCACCAGGGGGGCGCCGCAGCGUCCUACUACAGCCACGCGGGGGCGGGGCAGGGCUCGGGGCUCUACUCGACUUUCAGCUACAUGAGCAGCGGCAGCCAGAGGCCCAUGUACACGCCCAUCGCCGACAACACGGGGGUGCCCUCCAUUCCUCAGAGCAGCCCGCAGCACUGGGAGCAGGCGCCGGUUUACACCCAGCUCACCAGACCCUGAGCCGGCCCCCCCCCUCCACCCCUCCCCUCCCCCCUCCCGGUCCCCCGGCACACUCAGAGACAACAGACAUGUACAGCCACACAGAUCUGACAAAACACACUCCGAAACACUUUACUUUACCGGGAGAGUUUUCCUCCUCCAAGGCCUCCCUGAAUCAGACACUUGAAUACGAAGAAGAGGAGAGCUGGACUUGUGAUUGGCUCACGUCGUGCCUUGCUAUUGUACCUUGAUAGAAACUAUAUAUAUAUAUAUAAAUAUAUAUAUAUUUUUAGAGAGAUGAAGAGACUUAGGAAAAAUCCUCUGUGAGGACGUAUCGAUUGUUGAUAUUUCUGUAGGUACUGUGUAUGUUUCUUUUCAGUUUAUUUUCUUCAUACGCUGGCAGUUUUGUAACCCAUAGGGGCAAUGGGUAAUUAUUUGUACCUGUAGAUAUCAAAACAAAAAGCUCUAUAUUUUAAACAGUUCAGCAACUCAACCACUCAUGGUAGUGCAGUAAACGAUUUUCUCUGUUUGAUUUCAUACGCUGAAUCUCUCUGUUGGUUUUUUUGUUGUUGUUGCUCACUCUUUUUCGGUGCCAUUCAGCAAGUAUGGUUUGUAUUUAAGCUGUUUAGCUGUUGAUUUGUGUUCUCGGGUUACGCGUCAGGAUCAUUGGAGAAGCGACUAGGCAAUACAGAGGUAGAGAGAGAGAGAGAGAGAGAGAGAGAGAGGGUUGGUUUCACAACGCUGUGCUGUCUCGACGGGGGGGGGGGGGGGGGACUGCAGCCCUUUCCACCAUCCGUGCCUUGGAUUUUUUUUUACACAUUCUCAAACUUUUUGUAUGUGCGUGUGUUGAGUGUGUGUGUGUGUGUGUGUGUGUGUGUGUGUGUGUGUGUGCGUGCAUGCGCCCAAUGGCCACAGCUGAGAUUACACUUACCGUCUAACAGCGUGUGUUUGACAGCUACAGGAAGUCACCUUUGACCCCCCCCAUGCAGUCUCCCACCAUGCUGGUGUCCAAAACCCUUCCCUAUGGUCAAACCCAGCUUAAAACUUUAUUUAUUUAUUAGCUUUAAUUUUAUUUCAAAGUAAUUAUUUUGCAUACUAUUCUUAUAACUAAUGAAUUGGCCUCUUUGCAAUGUAAGCGGCAUAUAAUUUCCCCUUUUUUUUUGGGGAGGGGAUUUUCAACCCAGGAGGUACUUAGAUAAAAUGGUACACGCUGUAAUCGCCUUUGUUGUUUUUUAGUUUAUUUAUCUUAUCUAAAUGUCUAUUUUAAGUAUGUAUUUGCCUUUUUUUGAGGGUCUGCGGGGAGGGGGGGGGGGGGGGGGGGUAUCUAACAAAUUGUGUACGAAUUGUUUGUCAUUUGUGAAUUUCCUUUAAAGUUGGACUUUAAACUAUGGCUGAAAGAACUGGAAAAAUGUUAUCUCAGUUACAAGGUUGGUUUUUUUAAUACUUUUUCUGUUGGGCUUCUCUUUUUUUUUCCAUCUCACCAGAGUCCAUCCUUUGUGCUCGACAAGCUCCAUUUCCUUUUCUGUCAAUAUCAAAGAACUGAUGUUCCCAAUACUCUUUUUUUUUUUUUUUCUUUCCUCUUUCUUCUUCUGUGAUCUUGCCAUGUAUUUGUACGGUCUUUAAAGAAUCUUUUGUAUAUGUAUUUGCAAUAAAAAGGAAAAUGCUAUUAAAAA